AUGAGCGCCAGGGUGCUCCCCGCAGGGAGGCAGAGAGCACCCAGCAGCACCCCAGCAGGGAUGAGCCAGACCCCCCCAGCAGCCCAGCAGAACUUCCCAGUCUCCUCCAGACCCAGGAGAUCCUUCCUCAUCCAAGACAUCCUCCGGGAUGGUGCGGAACGCGGCAAGAGAGGAGGGUUUGGAAGCCCGGGGACAGACACGGAGCAGGGCAGCCAAGCCCUGGGGGGUCCCCCAGGGUACCCCCCAAGGAGCCUUCAUCCCCCAGGAGCAUCCCCAGCCCAAGGGACACCCCAGCAGGCGGAGGCAGUGGAGACCCACCUGCCAGGCUGUGCCCCAAGCCUGCCCCUCUCCCCGUGUCCCCCCAAGCAGCCCAAGCGCUCCCGAGCCGCCUUCUCCCACACCCAAGUCAUCGAACUGGAGCGAAAAUUCAGCCACCAAAAAUACCUCUCGGCGCCCGAGCGAGCCCACCUGGCCAAAAACCUGCAGCUCACCGAGACCCAGGUGAAAAUCUGGUUCCAGAACAGGAGGUAUAAAACCAAGAGGAAACAAGUGGCAGCCGAAAUCAGCAGAUUGGACACGCGCCUGGUGGGGCAAAAAGCCGCCGAGGCGCCCGGAGCAUCCGUGCUGGCACUGAGGGGGGGCUGGCACUACCUGCCCUGCCUCUACUAUUUGAAUGGUUGGAAUCCCUCCUGGUGCUUUUGA